AUGCCAGCUCAAACAACAACAGUUGAAACAGUUACUGUUGUUAGGCCUUUAAAAGUAAUUUCUCUUGUUUGUUUGUGCCUUUCUUUAUUUUUAUUGUGUGUUUCUUUGUUAAGUAAUUAUUGGCUAAAAACAUAUUCUUUCCACACUGGAUUAUUUCAAGAAUGUACAGAAAGGACAGCAUCUACACCUACAAAUCCAGUACCCAAUGCCCCACCAGAAGGGCAAUGCCAAUCACCGGCAAGAAAUACAGGCAAAAAAUUAAAUAAUUUUAAAAAUUAA